AUGACGACGUACUUCUACCGCAACCCGGAUGGCUCGGAGUACAUCCGCGUGCUUCCCAAUGUUGCACCGGUGUACUUUGCAACCGCACUGGUUCCUGGUUCCGCCUUAGAGUCUCAUUGGCAACGUAUGGGUGCUCAGCCGACAUUCCCCAACAACAUGAUCGACCAUGGCCCAGAUGACUAUAGUAUAGCUCUGGAUGACGAGUGGCACGAGACCGACGAUGGCUACUAUUCGGAUUCAGCCGAAAAACCUCUAGGUGGCGGCUACUUUGACUCCCCAACCUCUGGUGGCUCGCCAUUUGGCAUGAUGAGCCUUGGUCUGCCCUUGAUGCCCCAAUAUGGUGGCGAUAUGCUCGAGUACCCCAACCUGGAGUUGAUUCGCGAUCACCACAGCCUGCGCUCGCUGUUGCCCUACAUUCAGCCCGCACGAUUCCAGAAUUCCCUUUUCGGACCUACGCUCGAUAUCGUUGAGGAAGGCACCGACCACAAGUUCGCCGCUGCCGUACCGAAGAAGAUGCUGGCUCUGUUCUGCGGUCGCAAAAUGCUCAAUCGAUUCCUCCGCACACUUGAACGUGAGGACAACGAGAAGUGGGUAGGUGGUCCCGUGGGUCAAGAACUUCGUUUCCCUCGCCAUCACGUCAAUCAUAUUGGUGUAAAGAUCGUGAUCGCUUGGAUGCACCGCGCGUGCCGAACACCAAAGGAAGAGAUGAAGCAGAUCCGCAUCCCGAAGAACUUGUUUGCUGCCUUGUCCUUAGCGCGUGCUCUCACGGCGUUUGGUCUGCACAGCGACGCCAACCGUGUCGACAUGUUUAUCGCCAACCACCAUUACCAGCGUCCAAUGUACCCGAAUGAGAUCUUUUCCAUCUGGAAUUGCCUGCCUAAAGAUAGCAAGUACAUCUAUCGCAUGAUUGCGGAUCUACGAAAGAAGCGCUGCGAGUACGAGAGUGGGAACACGAAUGCGCUGAAGGAUGCAGAAAAGGUGUUGGCAUUCUUGGAAGAGCAUCCCGAGCUCAAGGCACGUCUCGAUGACAAAGAUUACAACGAUCGCGAGGAACAUCGGCCCUUCUUUGGAACGGAGUGGUGCCAGCGAGCCGCACUUCAGACGCAACAGAUGUUGGCAGGGUCGGAGAAUAUGAAAGACGGCGAGACGCUCAUGUCUGGAGAGUGGCAUGGCAAGAGCGCUAGGCCCCAGCUGCGUGGCAAAACUCGUAGGUCCGGACGUCCGCGCAACGAUCAAGAUAAAGGUCGUCCUCAGCCUCGAAAGCCUAUGACCUCGUUGAAGAAUCAUGAGCCCAAAAUUGCCCCUGCUGCAUGGCCUCAGUUCGAAAAGGUCGUCGUUCUCAAGAUCGUAGACGCCCACGAGAAGGCGCCGGGCGACGCUGACGAGGCAACGGACUCAACCUACGGUAGUGAGGACAAGCCUCCACGUUGA